GGUGAAUAUGGAUCAGCACUCAACCCAUGCAACAUGUCUUGGUACUUAGGACAAUGCAGUAUUCCCACAAAUGCUACAUUUCAGAAGCACCAAAAGCACACGCUUUUGCGGAGAGGAUAAGAUGCUGGUAGACCCUUUGGUGCUGAAGAAGAAGCUCAAUAGGAUGGCUACAGAGCAAGGGGCCUUUGCAGUUCUCAGCAGCCUGCUGCUGUACGUCACCGAGCUCGCAGCCGGCGAUCCACAGCUCAGCAGCAAGAGGACAAAAUGGGCAGAAGGUAAAGAAAACAAGGUGAGUUAUAACCAGCCACGUCCAGAUAAAAGCAGGGGCCAGCAUCCAACCAGAUUUCAGCUCCUGCGGGCCAGGUUUCUAAACAACAAUCGUGAGCCAUACACCAAGAAAAGAAGAGAAGUUGGCAAACUCGUCAUUAAAGAGAAGCUGUGGAUGAGCAGGGCUGGAAACAAGCUGGAUAGGAGCAGAGACAGGAAAGGAGACGGAAAAGCGGGGGAGGAGGACACCAACACAAGGACCAGCGAGAGGGCCAGGUGGAGCAGCAUGACUGGGAAAAACACAGUGAAGAACAUCCUGAAGAAAUUUUUAGCUGCUGAAGAAAAAGAAGCCAAGGAGAACUCUCCCGGCUGGAAAAAGAAAGGGCCAAACAGCGGUUUGCCAAAAAUAGUCAACAGGAGUUCAGUCCUGUCCAAACUGAAGGAGCAGUUUGAACAAAGUGCUCUCUGCUCAGCCACAGAGGUGAGAGCGUCUCUUCUGCCCAAAGGUGAGAAAAAGACAAAAAACUUCCCAAGCAGAAAAACUAUUCGAAAGCCAGAGGUCAGAGUGCUGCGCACGACAGCAAUGACAGCAACAGGGAUAAACAGCCCAGAGUCCCAGUACUUGGUCUGCUCCACAGUCCCAGUGCCCAGACUCAGCAUCGCUACCAAAAUUAACCAUCCUUGGAGCUGGUCGAAAAAUAGUGCCGUGAAACAGCCUUUCGGUCAGGACACACCACUGAAGGAAGACCUGGGGUCCAACAGGGAGCUUGGUGAGAACACAACACCAGCCAGUGCAGCACAGGACAGGGUGAAGAAAGAAGAGUUCCUGGUGGAACCCAAGGCCAUGUUUGAUGCAAAGGAUAGUGCUGAGGCUAAAAUAGAUUCCACAAAGCAAGGACCUGACCUUAACCCUGACCUAGAUACCUCUUCUACUUCCUGUAAAACACAAGCUGUUGCAGACUGCCUUCCUCCCUUGUCUGAACAUAGUCUAGACUGUGACAGGAAUAGCAUGCUGGCCGGGCCUGAUACAUCGUCAGUAUUAGGGGCUACCAAUGCUGUGCAACAUGUUAAGGAAGCCAGUCCAUCUUCUAGCUCACCUUACUCUAGCACAGCUGGUGGAUCCCACGAAAAAAGUCCUCAGGAUGCUAACGCAGGCGAGAUCCCUGAAAUAACUAUGUACGUGCACAGUUCAGAGGAAGAUGAUACAGAGCUCAUGCAGCCAGAAAAGAAUCCUUUCUUUACAGGCCAAAAAUGUUCUCCAGAGCUGAAAGCAUUGGAAAGCAUUCUGCCAUUUCACUCUCCAGGAAUUCAAACAUCUUGUGAAAUCGAGCCUCCAAUGCAGGACAGACAGAUAACUCUCCUAACACCAGCUUCUGCCAAAAGACCACCCAUAGUCCAAAAAGAGGCACCAGGUUUAAGAGGCAGAUUCUCUGAGGAAGCCAAAGAAGGAGCAAAACAUCACACUGAAGACAAAAUAUCCUCUACUUCUAGCAAAAAUUAUAGUGAUGUCCCAGAUGAAAAGGAAGAGGAGAAUAAAACACCCGACAGCUGGAUGCAAAAUGAAUCCAAAACCAAGCAGCCAGAGCCUCCUCAAAUGCCCAGCCUAGAGACUAACUUUGGUAAUUACCAUGCUGACACACCGAAUCCAGAUAUAAAUCAGAGCAAACACACACUCUCCUCAAAUGAGAGCCAGGAGCAGAAGCCAGGUGCUGCAGAAGAAGAGAACGUCUCUUCUUCUUUGGAAAAGACACAAAACCCUUUGACAGGUGACCUUAUGAAGCACAGCUUCUACACUGCAGAAGAAGAUUUGGGGAAGGGCAAAUUAUCUUCAUCAAAUGAAAUUUUGACCCAUGCAAACAAUCAAGUCCUAGACAGGAGUACCUUGACUGACCUGGAGACCUGUCAUAAUCAAUCCAAAUCUUUCAUUAAGCAUGAAGAGGGCACUGCAGAUGAGAUGUCCUGGCCUGACUCUGAGGCAUGGCAGUCACACUUAUCUAAUCCUUUACCAACACAAGUGAGUGGGAUUGCAGGGCAGAGAAUCCAUCACACUCUUGGAAAUCCCCCAUCUCUUCUACCUGUUGAUCUGGUGAGACAGGGAACUGGUGGUGUGGAAGAGGAGCAUGCCAGCCACGGCUGUGAGAAUCACCCACUACCCUCUUCAGAAGAUUUGACAGACUCUGGAAACAAUACUAUGGUGGAGAAGAAAACUGAACGUGAUUUCAAGAAUCAAAUUCUGUCCCCAAAUGACACAACAGAAAAUGAAAACUCUGCAGCUGAAGAGACAAAUACAUGUCAGAACUUUGAGAAUUGUCUUUCACUUUCAACCAAGAAGCCAGGCAAACAAGAAAAUAAAACCAUGCUAGCAAGAAAGCCUCUAUUACCCUUGGAGAAGAACCAAACACCAACUUCAGGUGAUGCCAUGAAGCAAGGAAGUGAUAUGCUGAAAGAGAACCCAUUUCCUUCAUCAACUGAAUCGGUCCUGGACCAAAAGAAGCGUGGAAAAGGUAGUAGUGAAGCCUCCAAACAUAAAAAGGGUAUGCUCCUGUCAUCAGGUGAUGACAUGAAACAUGAGAAUGAUAAGAUGGAGACAGAGGAGAAAGAAGAGAGAAAUGUCUUGCAUAAAUCUGAGGAGGCAAAAGUAUCCACACCAAGUGGUAUGAUGGAUCAUGAUAACUCUUCAAACGAGAAGAAUGCUCGUAGACUUCAAACAUCCCAGUUACCUUCAUCAGAGCAUGAUACCAACAUUAAAGGAGUGGAAAGUACUGAUCUGAGUUUGAAGUGUCUAACACCUUCAAAAGAUUUUGUGAAAGACGAACAUGAUCUGUCAGUAGAUGAAAACAUCUGCGGCAAUAAUAGGGAACACCACCUGUCCUCAUCAGAUAAACCAAUGAAACUUGAAAAUAGCAGGACAGAGCAAAGAAACAUCAAGUCAAACUUCAAAAAUUAUUUAUCACCAACAAAAAACAUUACAAGGCAGGACAAUAAGACUUCUGAUGAGGAGAAUAUGCUUCCUAAUUGGAAAAAAGAUCCAGUGCAGCACAGAAAGAGUCGUGAAGGAGAGGGGAAUACUCUGUGUGAUCCUAAAAGUCAAAUACCAUCACUGAACCCAUUGGUGAAGCAAGACAAGAAAUCUUCCCCUCUAGAGACACAGAAGCAGACGUGUUCAGGUGACUUUGUAAAGCCUGAAAUGAAGCCAGAUGAAAAAAAGAAUAAACAUAUCUCUGAGAAGCCCCAUUCACGUUCUUUAAAGAAAGUGCUUAAGCCUCAAGAAAUAAACUCUUCAGGAGAGAGGAAACAAAAGACACCAGCAGAGGAGGACAUCAGGUCACCUGAAACAAAGUCUGUAAAAGAGACUGAUAAACACCACCAUUCUGGGAACCAUCAGUCAAACUCAAAGUCACAUCCUUUGAGUAAAGCAGCAAAGCCUGAGAAAAAUGUUCCAGGAGGAGAAAAACAACAGAGUGUUCCUGGAAGUUUAACAAAGCCUGAUGCAAAGACUGUAGAAGAUAAAAACAAAGAUCUAGGUUCUGGGAUGUACCAGUUGCAACCUUCAAAUUCACUCGUGAAGCCUAAACAGAAGAACAUGAUGGCCAAAAAGAAGCAAUCAACACCACCAGCUGAUGAAAAAGCAACAUAUAAAACUGGUAGUCCAGAAAAGAAGAGUGGACCUGAGAGAAAAGAGAAGUACCAGCUGCGCUCUUCAGCACAAACAGAGAAGCAUGGCAAUGAUGGCUCAGGGAAGGAAGACCCUGUAGACAGCUAUCAAACUCCACUGCAAAGUGAUGGCAUAAAAUGUAAAAGCAGUACUGUUCCAAAAGCAUCCAGUUCUUCUAAUACAGAGAAGUCCCCCAAAUCAUCCCCAGUUCUUGAUGCAUCAAAAUAUGAAGAAAAUCCUAUGGAAGAUAGGAGAAAACAGCCUGGAUUAAAGAAGUACCAAGCGGUCUCAUCAAAGAAUUUGGUGAAACAUGAGAAAGAUGUUGCUGAAAGGGAGGGGAGCUGGCAGGCAGCUGGCAAAACAAGUGGCAGAAAAGCAGAACUGGAGGACUGCUCUAAAGCAGCGUCAUUCCCAAAAUACACAGCGGAAAGCUACAGUGAAGGACCCUUAGAGACAUCUUUCAAACCACUGAUCAUUAGAAUAACUGACACAUUUAAACAUCACAGCUAAAUAAUACGGCUACACCUUAGGCAAGAACUUACAACCAAUCGUGCCACAAAUUCUCUAAGUCUUUCUUUUUUCCUUCACUCUCCAGGGCAUUACAUGACCAUGUUUUAAUCACAGGGACAUUGAUGUGCAUCUAUCUGAGCUGGGCUUUUUUCCUUUCUGAAACAUUUGCCUGAAGACAUGAACUAAAUUAAUCACUGCAAGUGAAUUAACUAAUCAGUGAAUAAAUAAUCAGUUUAUAAAUUAAAUAUGAGAAGGGCUUUGAGAUCAGCAUGAAUUCAGCCUUGCUCCAGACUCUCCUUGCUAGCUAAUGGGUUUUGUUUGUAACAAAGACGAUUGUUCAGGGUGAACUCUAUUUGUAUUUACUUAUUCUAAUGAAAUUCUGCUAGUACUUCUUCCAGGAAUGGUGGUAGGCAGCGUAAGCUUUAAUUAUGUCAAAAAGCACUUGUUCUAAGCUCUGCCUUUUCACAGAUUAAUGGAAACUGUUGAUCUAUUGCUGCACUGAGUGACACCGUUAGUAAAAGUAGUGAGGGAAUGAGGGAAAUGCUUCAUUUAUCUGCAGAGAAAUCGUCAAGGCACAUUGAUGCUACAAGAGGAUUUACUGUUAAUGCAAAUGUUCAGCCUCAUUAAUAUUAAUAUUGAAAAAAUAGUGAUUUAACCUCCUCUGAAGCUAUUUGCACUUUGGCCAUACACUGUAUGCAUUAUUGCUUUCAAGACACAGCUUUUCAAGGGGUUCUUAAUUACUGCAGAUGAACACGCAACAAGUGUAAGAGCUUGGAAAAGCCCCACAGUGAAAGGCCCUGAGGACCCCUCCUGAGGACAAUGUAAGCCAGAGAGAUCCAACACCUUGCCAGGGCAAUUCAGCUUUUCCUGGGACAUCUGUUCCACUUCAAAUCCUGGAGUGCACAUACAUGAGGCAGGUGCCACAGCUCUCAUUAAAAGUCUUAGGAAGUGUUUGUUUUAUAGCACAAUGUGAAACAGCAGUAUGAAGCAGCCAGUGUCACUGAAUCCUAACAAUGUGAUAUCAUUUUUUGUGUUUACAGUAAAAAUGGCUUCUGCACAAAAUUUGCACAUGAUUAAUCUAGUUUUGGAGAAGUGAGGGCAGGGUGGCUGCCUUGGGUGUUGUAGCAAAACUGUGAUAGACAGAAAAAUCGUAGGGCACCACUCUCCAAUACGCCAGUUUAGCUUAGUGUUGUAACCACACGUUCAGGACAACAUUUUCUGGGGAGGAACCCUAAAGGUGUAUCCUAAGGACCCACUUUCAGAAAGCCACAGAUCCAGAAAGAAAGUUUACUCAAGUGAGGUCCUCUUCCCCCAUGGCAGUGUCAUCCCUUUAAUUGUUAAGACACUCUCCAGGACAGUGCUCUGGACAGCUGGGGCUGGCUGUUGCUCCAUCUCAGGUUGGCAGAGCGCCCCAACCCUCUGCCAGCAAGGGAAUGAGGACAAGAGCAGGCUGGCAGCAGGCUGAGAUCCAACCCCUUUGCCAGCACAAUACACACGAGUCACAUACCUGACAACUGCGCUGGCCUGGCCAGGGAUACUGCUGGGAGGUAGAUGGGACACGAAGAUGGUGUCCUCUGACUGCUGAAGAGGCUUAGGCCUUGAUUUCUUUUCCCUCACAAGACGUCGAAAUGAAAGGACUCUCACAAAAUGGAAAUCACCUGUAUUUUAAACCAGUCCUCAAAACAGAGGGUAAAUACCAUUUUUUGGUGGGACAAGACUGCCCUUCUGCCCAGGGGUGUGUCUCACCCACCAAGCUUUGAGGAGCCUGCAGCUAUGAAGGCCACUUUGUACUAAACUUAAACUGUAAUUUACUUGUUAUUGUCCAUGAUUUCAAUUCCCACUUGAGAAAAGUGCUUACAACACAAAGCAUUUGCACCAGACCUGAAUAGUAAAUUCUGUAUUAGCUGGAUUCUCCUGCCAGCAGGGGAGAAGCUAUUAUAGCUAUUCUUGUUUUAAUGUUUUAAAAGAAAUUUAAAGGGUUGGGGUUUUUUUGCCACUUAUUCACAUCUGGAAAGAUCACUAACUUGUCACAAAUUAAAGAGCUUGUCCUGUCUGCCAGAUAUUAAUUAGGUACCAUGCAGGAGAGGUAGUCAGUGCAUACCAGCAGGCCCUCAGCUCUUCCAAUUUAUACGUGUAAUGUCUGUUUUUCUCAACAGAGAAACAGCACCAGGAGGCCAAGCACCCUCUGUUCAGGAAAAGACAGGCAGAGUCAUCUUGUGGGGGUUAAAUUUUAGGUUGCUACAUGCCUUAAUCUCUGCUGGUAAAACAUAAAUCAUCCAUCCAAGUCUGUUCCUCCUUGAAGUGCAUUUAAAACAUGACAGAGAUUUGCACUAAAUGAGGGUAAUGCCUCACUUAAACCAAUCACUGAGGGUUUUUUUCAGGAGCUGACACAAUUAAUCCUCCAGGAAAGGAGAGCGUGAGGCCAUAUGAAUUCCAGUAGCAAUGGCUAGAAGAUCAGUACAAGACUGGUGUGUCUUGCAGUCAACAGCCCAAAACAUGCCACUCCAAGCUGUGCUGGCAGGAAAUUUAGCACUGGUGAUAAGCAAAGAAAUCUCAGGUAUUUCAGGAAGAACAGGAGUUCAAGGAAGAGUAUACAGAUCUAAGCCAGCUGUGUCAGAAGGUGAGCAAACGGCCAGGCUGUAACCCUGGGGAUAUCCUUGGAAGGAUAUGCAACAGAAAAUAAAGCUUCAUUCCCAGUGCCCAGGAGUCCUUCUCAGCCUCCUUUGCCUAGGGAGGAGUGGCCCUGUGCCUUUGCUCUCCUUUAAGCACAUCUCCCACCUUGUCAAAGGAGGGUAAGUGGACAGCGCCCUCCCAGGCUACUAUUCCACUUUAUCUGAGCAGGAAACAGGUAUGUUUGAUGCUUCUGUCUGCACAUCUCUUGGCUCUCGUAGUUUUGCACAAUGGCUGUAAUUCGGUAGAGUUCAGCUUUUCCCCCAUACUACAGCCCUCUGCUUUACUAAAAUGCAUUUCUCAAGACUAGCAUCUCUCAAGGUCACUGAAGGAAUUAGGUCCUUAGCCCUCACUAAAUGUAGCAGGAAUUUUUUUGUUAGUUUUAGUAAUGCUUCCUUGAAGCCGUGGCUUAGCUACACGUACGGACAGAAAAUCAAAACCAGGCAAUGCACAGUGAAAAUAAAGAAAAAACAAUCCCCAGGCAGAAAAUGUUUUUCAGCAUUACCCCUCUGUAGUGACAUGGUUUGAAACUUCAGAUUCUUACAGAAUUAGCCUCUCAGGAUGAGAGAUUUUUUUCAGGGGACUGGGCAAAAUGAAUGACAAUGUCACUUUCCAGGGUGUAGCCCAUUGCAUUGGAUUCUUCAAAGCGUAGCUUUCCAGGAGUUUUUGAAUGCCUGAAUAAAGGAGGUUUUUAAGGGAAAUCUUAACUCCAAGCUGGACCUGAGGCAGCUGAAGAAGCAGGUCUGAGGUGGGGGAUCAGUGGUAAGUGAUGGGGUAGAAGGUUGGGGCCAGCAGAGAAGCCAGGCAGGCUUUCAGUAGCAGCCAUCAGUAAAAGCUUUCAGAUUGUCCUCCCUAAUUAGGCCAUAGUAAAAAGCUCCCCUAGCACUCCACAUUGGCAGGACACCUCUCAGGUGGGCUUAAUAGUCUGGGAUUCACAAAAGGAUUGGUUUGGGGUGUUUUGAGUAGCCAAGCACAAACCCAAAAAAUCGUGCUCACAACUGUGGUAGUAGCACAGUCCCCUUCCCACACUUCAACAUGUGUCUGUUGUCUCCAGCAGCCCCACUCAUUCUCUUGUAUUUCUGACUGAAGCCAGCUCUGGACUGUCAAAUAACUUAGUAGCUUAUAAGCAUCCUCUAGAGUUGUGUCUUAGACAACCUUUAACAAGUUGUGCAUGACUAAAAGCAUAGACCAAGACCUUAAGUUGUACGACUCAUCUCAGGUUUUGCCCUUUGUGCUUUCUUUGGAUGUCAAUGGAGCUGGUAAUAGAAAAGGCCUCAUACUAAAAUGCAACGUUGUUUCCCCCCCCCAUUUUAGCUUGUUUCAUUUCUAUGUGCAGCCAGCAGAUCUCAACACAAAGGGAUAAUUCAGCACAGUAAAGCAUCUCUCCUAGCCUCGAGAUCCCACAGAUGACAUCCCUGUGCUGCUGGCAGUAGAAACGCUCCACCUAAUGGCUGGAUUUGUAAAGCAGGUUGCAAGCAAGCACUGGUGAAUGAGGAAUAGUCGGGAAACUUGGGGGACGGCUGCUUCUCUUAUUGCUGUGGUGGUAAGGACUGCACACCAUCCAAAUGGAGCUUUUCUGGGUGAACAGAGAAAUCCUUACGGAUUUGGGAGUGGGAGAUUGCUCUGGAACAGUAACAGAAAUCUGCUACCUGAGAAAUAAGCACAAAGGUGUUAUUAUCAGCUACUAGCAGAAACAGUUUUAACUCCUCUACUCACUAUGUGGUUUCCAAAAGGCAUCAUGGUCUCCAAGCUUUAUUUGUCUUUUUCAUUUCCAUGAGAAUUUCUUCUUAUAGAAUGAAACAUUUUUCACUCCUUGAUGAGAAUGUUAAAACACAGGAAAAGGAUCUUGCUGGGUAUCUGCUUUCCUGCCAAGUAAAAAAAUUGUUGUAUACCGAAAAGUCAAAGAAUCAGCAGGUCAGUAUUUUACUUCUUAUGACCUGAAAUCAUUUUGGGAAUUGCUAGACACCUCCCAUUAUGACACUUGGUUUGUCUCUAACAUGCCUUCAGUUGCUUGUAUUUCACUGAGCUGCAGGUGCAAGAACAACUUCAUAAGAUGGUAGUAUUUUCAUUUGGCCAGCAAGCAUUACAGCAGGCUUUCAGUGGUGCAUGUCACACAAGAGCAGAAACACACUGCUGGAGGAAAAGCUGCCUGAGAUAAUAAAGCUGUAAAAAGCUAUCAUGCACUGAACUAAUUAUCCUCAAAAAGCCACCAAAUAGCUGUUAAGGCCUCUAUUUUUGAAAAUGACUCGUGAGUCCAAAUAUCCAAAGUGGGACACCUUACCAAAGAAUACAAUUUUUUGGGGAAGUGCUCAGCACUUGCUCUCUGAAAAUCAAGUGACUUUCAUAAGCUGCCUCAUGCUAGGCAGCCAAAGCCGUUUCUAAAAAGUUGACCCAGAUUUCUGAAAUACAGGAGAAUUUCACAGACACCUACUUGCCCCUUCAUCUACAAAAUGCUCACCACAGCCCUGUGGGUGAAUGCAGCCAGUGCAGUUUGCUUUCAUCACAAGGAAUUGCAACCACUUUCUGCAAACUGCACAGCUUUUUGGGUCUGCACUACAGCAGUUGCUAAGGCAGUCACUCUGGCCCUUGCAGGGAGGGGAGAGGGCUUUCAUAUGGUUGAGAUAAAGAAGGGAAGUCUUUCCCCUAGCUGUGUUUCCCAAGGUUUCUGGAAGGAAUCGAAGAAAGAAAACUCUUGGACACUGCACAGCCAGUCCAUCCUUAUUGUGUUUGAUCAAGUUACAGCAUCAGAGGUAAACACAUGUCCCUUGGGUUUCCUACCAAUACAAUGAACUACCCAAAGGCAACCCUGGAUUUCUCCCCCUGGUUACUGAGAUCUUUCAUUCUUCCAAGGAAUGGGAACAGUGUGGCUGGCAGUGGUUCAAGCACCCAAACAAGGUCCCACAAUAUGUUUCUCAGCUCUAACUGUCUCCAGGUUCCAGGAAAUUUAUCACAGAAGAACAGAAAUCCCCCAAAGACAUCUUUAUUAACUCAUUUAAAUUACACCCAUCAUGUAACAUGGAAGUCUGUACCAUUGUCACACCGUACAGAUUUCUUAAUAAAACAGUUUUCCUUCUUAGAUGGGUUAUUUAUUUGUACCACUGAGUCUUACUUGUGUGUCAGGACGAUGAAAAUAAUAAAAGCAUACAAAAUAACAA